CUUAGUGUUUUUCCUCCAUUGUUCUUCACAGCUGAAUGGCCAAAGACCCUCACAGGCCUUCCUAGCACAUCAGGCACCACAGCCAGCGUAGUGGUCCUCCGGGGAAACCGUAUGUAUGUGGCCCACGUAGGAGACUCAGCCGUCGUUCUGGGAGUUCAGGACGACCCGUCCGUCCCGUUCAUCAAAGCGGUGGAACUGACGCAAGACCACAAGCCGGAAUUACCCAAAGAGAGGGAGCGCAUCGAAGGGCUCGGUGGGAGUGUAAUCAAGAAGUCGGGGGUGAACCGGGUGGUGUGGAAGAGGCCCAGGCUGAGCCAUAAUGGACCUGUUCGCCGCAGCACCGUCAUCGACCAGAUUCCUUUCCUGGCUGUUGCUCGCGCUCUAGGUGAUCUGUGGAGCUAUGAUUUCUACAGCGGGGAGUUUGUGGUUUCUCCGGAGCCAGACACCAGCGUGGUGGUUCUUAACCCUAGAAAGCAUCGUUACAUCAUCCUGGGAAGCGACGGCCUCUGGAACAUGGUGCCGCCUCAGGAGGCCAUCUCCAUGUGUCAGAAGAACGACGAGGAAGCGGUACCGGGUGGGGUGUCCAGCGCCAGGAAGCUGGUGAGCCACGCGUUGGUGCGGUGGCGCCAGCGAAUGCUGCGUGCUGACAACACCAGCGCCAUCGUGAUCGCACUGCUGGAACCUGGUGAAUCACAGGAGACAUUUCACAACGAGGAGGUCUUUCUGGACCUGGCCAAAGUGUCCCAGAGUCCUACUCCCAUUUCCUGCUCGGACGCUCCUCUGCUCCAGCCGCCUUCGGAUGAAGACUCCAUCUCCGCCAUGUCGGAGCUGCUGCCUCCACUGGAGCGACGGGAUGGGCUGUCUGGAGGCCCCGCCUUCUACCACAUGUCUCUGUCUGACCCGUUCGCUCUGACUCCUCUCUACUCAAACAGCAGCACAGAUUCCCCCGGUCACUCCGGUCUAACAGACGGCACCUCCACCGGGAGGACGUCCAACAAAAGGACUGUGGACGGCUCCCCUUCAUCGGGCCUCCUGGCCAAGAAGACCAAACGCAGAACUUCUGACCGGCUGCCGCUGGUCCAGCACAACGCUGAGAAGAAGCAGGAGUCCAGCGGCGUCUCUCCCAUCCUGCAGCAGCAUAAUAAAACCACAGUGUGUGUUUGCUGAGAACACAGCAGCUGCUGCCGGUCCGUCUGAGGCGCCCGCCGUUCUGCUUCUGUCCAGACUUCCUUCUUUGAGGUUCUUCUCCUUGGUUUCUGCUCCCCAUCUUUUCCUCCAGCGCGGGUGGAGCAGCAUGUUCACCUGACGGAGCUCCUCCAGGCGCUGCGGCGCCGUGAGGCUGAUGGUCGGCGCUGAGCCGCUCGUUUAAACAUAAACUGCAGUUCCUCCAUCCGGCGCUGAAGAUUCCUGCAUAUUUACUCUGCCACACAGUGUGGUCAUGGAUUUUAAUGAUAAUGUUGCUGGUGUAAAUAUUAUGACUUUUAUAACCGAGUAUUUAAGUACGUAGAGAUGUUUAUGCAAAAUGAAUCUAUUUUUAUACAUCCUUUCCUCGUACGGUAGAACAUGUUCCUAGAUGUGCACCACCAUGUUGGAUCUAGACCCUGGGUUUUAACACGUCUAUGUAUUUUACUCAUUCCUGAAAACGUGUCUUGAAUAUAAGCAAAAGGUGCUACAGUCAUAAAAAGUAAGCUAGUAGUGAGUUUAUUUGUAUAAAUAUGUGUUUCCUGAUGUCACACAGUGAUCCCUCUAUAAAUGACGGGAGGAUUUCUAAUCUCUUUGUUUUUUUAUUGCACAUUGCUUGUUUGGAGGGAAGGCUUCUCCUCCCCUCUCCACUCUGUUCUUCCUCCAGCCUCCGGCUCCAUCCAGGUCCUCUACAGGGACCUGUGAUGUCACGCUGCGAGACGAUGGCGUUUUCCCGGGGGCCGUUUGCAUGAGACUCCUGUCUGACUUGAUUCAUUCUAUGGACUUUUUUUUUGUGUGAAGAAUUUUUAUUUUUUUGCACUUUUGAAGUGUCUAAGAGGGAAUUUCUUUGAGAGGAGAAGCGUGCAGGCUGAGUUUGAAGCACUCGCUGGACUCUUCGGCACGUCCUUUUAGACGACCUGCCAGGUUUUACAGAUGCCAAACCCUUUUGCCUUGUGUGUAGGAAUCUAGUGACCUCAGCUGAAUGAUGAACUUUACCCAAUCCUCAUGCAUCUCCUUGCUUUUUCUACAAUAGCUUUUUUAAACGUAGCCCUCUGUAAUCUGGACCGCCAUGCAUGGAAACUCUGAAUCACGAAGAUCGCACCUGAAAUCUGUCACCCCCCCCUUCAGUCAGUCAGCAUUAUGGGUGUUUUACUAAGGCAAUGAACUUGUUUUUAUUUUGACUCAUUCUGUUACUUGGAGUCUUUGGACUCAGAUUACCGUAUUAUAAUUCUAGAUUCAUUAUUAAUAAUGUUUAGAAAACGUCUCUUCACUCACUGCCGACCUUUGUUCUAAAAGCUGUACUAGCUGUUGUGCAUGUGUGCAGUGUAAAUGGACUAUUCCUAAAUGAAAUAAUUAAAAUCAUACUUUGAAGCGGAGUAAUGAAUUAU